UAUUUACCAUAUUUAUUUAUUUAUUUAUUAGAUUUCCAGGAGCAGGAGCAGAGUGCGCCGUGAGAGCUGAUGCGGCGCAGAUGCGUUAGUCUCGAUAACACACACCUAACAGAGGAGCACAAUAGCGAGAGCGAACAAAGGCACGUUUAUCCGUGCAUGCGUGCUCUCGCGCAGCGCUCGGGAAUCAUCGGCCCUCUGGGUCCCAGGUGAGGGUCUUCCAGACAGAGCCUCGGAGAAACCCAGCGAGAGGCGAGAGGCGAGAGCAGCAGCUCGUGCACGCCUGUGAGAGGAGCCUGAUAAGAGCAGAGUCGAGCGGAGGAACAAGGAAGCGCUCGCGCUCUCAUUGUGUGCAUCUGUCGCCAGACAGCAUCAGUCUAAUGCGCGAUCUAGCAGUAUGCGACUCCGCGCGCGCAGUUGAAUGCAGAGGGGAUGUCUGGCAGUAAGGUGCUGGGGGGGGCGCGGCGGCGGCGGACACGGUGCCGGCGCUGUCAGGCGUGUAUGAGGACCGAGUGCGGCGAGUGCCACUUCUGCAAGGACAUGAAGAAGUUCGGUGGACCGGGCCGGAUGAAGCAGUCCUGUCUGCUCCGCCAGUGCACCGCGCCGGUGUUGCCGCACACAGCCGUGUGUUUUGCUUGCGGAGAAGCGGGGAAGGAGGACACGGUGGAGUCGGAGGAGGAGAAGUUCAGCCUCUCGCUCAUGGAGUGCACCAUCUGCAACGAGAUCAUCCACCCCAGCUGCCUGAAGAUGGGCAAGGCUGAAGGCAUUAUUAAUGAUGAGAUCCCAAACUGCUGGGAAUGUCCAAAGUGCCACAAGGAGGGAAAGACCAGCAAGGAUCAAGGAGACGGUUUGGGGAAGAGGCGCAUGGACAAUGGGGAGGUGAGUCGCUGGAAGCUGACGGAUGAGCCGCCUCCCAGUAAGAAGAAGAGCCUGUCUCUGGAAGACGGAGCCAGACGCAAGAAGGACAAGGAGCUUCCCCAGGAGAGCGGCUCCAAGAAGAAGAUCAAAGGAGCCCGUGAUAAACACCUGAAGAAGCAGAAAGCCAAACCCAACUCGUCGGACUCCUCUGAAGCGAACGGGCCGAACUCUUCAUCAGGCGGUGGACACGGCUCCAGCGCAGCGCAGGCCUUGACGCCGAGCCAGGACCAGCGCUCACAUCACCGUGAGAAACUGGAGCGCUUCAAGCGCAUGUGCCAGCUCCUGGAGCGAGUGCGCGACUCCAGCUCCUCGUCCUCCUCCAGCUCCGAAACCGACUCUGAGUCCGACUCGGACUCCCCGUCCCCUGCGGGCGCCUCGGAGCCGUCCUCUCCGGCGUACGGCAGCGGCACGGCGCGCGAGCGGAGCCGGCGUCUGGCCGAGCUUGGCUUCAGCGCCAGCGAGGAGUCCGAGGGCGAGAGCGUGGUGGUGCAGGAGCAGGAGGACGAGCCGCAGACGCAGCGCCGCAGGGGAGACACCAGCACCCGGCUGCGGAGGACGCUCGCCGAGGCUGAGCCAGACGACGACGAGGAAGGCUCGGGCGACCGCGCUCACAAAGCCCUGGCCCCAUCCUCACCACUCUCGGCUACGCAGCCGCCGAGCUACGGACACUUAGCGGGCCCCGAGGGCCUGUCCUCGUCCAAGCGCACUAACGGACAGGACGCGCGCAACGGCCGCACGCGGGUGAGUGGCAGAGAGCUGCAGGAGAAGGAGAACUCCAACAGCAGCGCCGUCUCCAAUCACCGGCACGCUGCCGGGAAGGCCGUCCGCGGGAGCAGGAUCCGUGGAGCAGGCCGGCAGGGCCAGAGCACUCCCUGGAACAAGAGCACAGCGACGGCCGGAUCCGGCGCGCCCAACGGCGGCUCUCACCCGGGGAGCGUCUCGCUGGCGCCGCCGCGCUCGCAGCUGCUGAAGAGGAGCGCCGUGGCCGUGCCCUCUCCGCCGCGGCCGCUGCAGAUGGAGCGACACCUCGUGCGCCCACCGCCGGCCUGCCCUGAGCCACACUGCCUGCCGCUGGACAGCGGAGCAUCGCACGUGCUGCCCCGGGACGUCUGGCUCCGCGUCUUUCAGCACCUCAGCCAGCGCCAGCUGUGCGUCUGCAUGCGAGUGUGCCGCACCUGGAGCCGCUGGUGCUGUGAUAAGAGGUUAUGGACUCAGAUCGAUCUGAGCCGCCAGCGCUCCAUAACUCCUCCCAUGCUGAGCAGUAUAAUCCGUCGACAGCCUGUGUGUCUCAACCUGGGCUACACCAACAUCUCCAAGAAACAGCUCAUGUGGCUCAUUAACCGUCUGCAAGGGCUGCUGGAGCUGAACGUGGCGGGCUGCUCGUGGUCCUCGGUCUCAGCGCUCUGUCAGUCUGUGUGUCCCUGUCUGCGGCUGCUGGACCUCAGCUGGGUGGAGGAUCUGAAAGACUCGCAUCUGAGGGAGCUGCUGGCCCCGCCGAGCAACGACACACGCUCAGCUCACGGAGAGAACCGCGGCGGGCGUUUCCAGAACGUGACGGAGCUGCGUCUGGCGGGCCUGGAGGUGACUGACGGCAUGUCGCGCCUGCUAGUGCGCUAUCUUCCUCACCUGAGCAAGCUGGACCUCAGUCAGUGCUGCCACAUCACAGACCAGAGCAUCCACACGCUGACCUCUGCCCUAUCCCCGCUGAGAGAGAGCCUCACGCACGUCAGCCUGGCAGGCUGCGUGAAGGUGACGGAGCAGUGUCUGCCGCUGCUGCGCCGCUGCGCCUCUCUGCAGAGCGUGGACCUGCGCUCCUGUGGCCUGCUCGCUCUAGACGUCUGCCAGCUGCACUGCUUCCCCUCGGCCGAAGACAGACUCCUGCUCAAGAACAGCUAGACUCCGGCCCCUGACACACCAGAGCACAGCACAUUCGGACAUCACAGACACUUCGCUGUUUUGGUUUUGUUUUUUAUUUCUGGAUCAACCAUCUGUGAAUGGAGAAAUCAAGUCCAUGUAGAUAUCCCGUACCAGUAAUGAGUGUGUGUACAGAUUAGUAGUGUGCUGUAAUGACCCCGGCACAGCUGUCCUGCUGGGAGCACUGGCUCUGUCCCGAUGCAGAAUGCAUCCUACUGUGGAGAGCUCGUCUCAAACACAGCCAUAUUAGUGUGCUUGGGUGGAUCUCACCCCAAAAUCAAAACCGAUUUGAUCCGUUUGGUUUUUUGCACAAAUUUAAAAAAAAGCCCUCUUUGGGACCUCUAAGAGCAUUUUACAUUAGAUUUGAGUCCUCGCUGCUGUCAAAGGUGAUGAGGUUCAGAGACAGAGAUGAGAUCAGGUGCUUAAAAAUCUUUAUGGCCCUAAAAUGAGGCUGGACUCUGAUUUUGGGGUUUUAGGCGUUUGGAGAACUCAUCCAUCAAUGAGUGAAUUUCGGAGGUGUGUGUGAACAGUGUUAACGGUGAUGGGCUCUGAUGGUGUGCUUGGUGUUCUCUUCACUCGCUCUCGGCCUUGCUGUGCCAUACGCUGCCCGUCCUCUGUCCUUCCCCUCUUCAUUUCUGCUCUCUUCCUGACCGCUGAAGGACACGGAUCGGGAAGCCCGACAGACGUCGCUAGGCUCGAGCUGCUGUGUCGUCAUGCAUUGCAUAUAAUGUCGCAGGGUGAAUGUUGCUGUAGAUUCCUGCAGAUCUGGAAAGGUUUUCACAGAACGAGGCAUUGGUUUGUUGUCAUUCGGUCAGGUCAUUAAAACUGCUCACCUUCAAAGCCAGAAUGGUCCAAACUCAAAUAUGCCUUCCAUUAGCAAUGGAGAAAUGGUGAAGAAAAAUGCGUUGUGGCCAAUUAGUUUGAAAAUGUAUUGGAGAAUAAAAUAGUUGGUGUUUCCAGCCGCAUUCAGUGUUACCACUCGCAAAAGACUAACCACACAUUCUGCAAGCGCAUUCUUCCCAGUCUGGUGUUUUAAUGCUUCUCUGAACGAGCUGCUCUGAGCAGGAAGGCUUUAACAGUUUUAAUUGUUCUGAUUUGAAGCCACUUCCAUCUUCUCUGUUGAACUAUUGAACGGGCCUCUACCAGGGAGCCUCGGAAACAACUUUUCUUCAAUCUUUCGCUGAGCUCUGCAGCUGCUUCCUUCCAGAAUACGAUGCAUGUCGACACCGUUCACUGACUGUAUUCCUUGCACACUUUUAUUCAGUAUUGGGUCCAAUACAUGGCAGUUUAAAGUGUUUGAUGGCAGUAGACAAACAGCAUCCCUUAAAAGUGACUUCGACAAUGUAGUUGCAAUGGUUUUUUGUUGUUGUUGUUGAUGAUGUUGUUGUUUUUAGAUUUCUUGUUUAAACGACGUUCUUGCACAUCGGGAAAUACAUGUGUGCUGUUCAUAGUUACAUAUCAAACACUGAGUUGUUGAUCAUUUCUGGAAUCGGCACGAAGAACUUGAAUAGGUUUUAAAUACGGUUCAUCUUUCAUCCGACCAUGUUUUUUUGCAGAUUCAUAGCCCACAAAACUGAAUUGCCAUGUAUGAACCAAACAUGCACCCUGUUGAAUGCACAGGGCUGAAAUCAUGUUAUUAUAAUAUCUUGCCAAAAUUUCCUGUUUUUGGGCAUUCAUAUAUAAAUAUAUAUUUCUUCCUUUGCAUUGAUCCAUGUGAUAGAAUAUUUGAAACAAUGGGGAAAAAGAAAAACAAGGCAGCUACUGUAAGAGUGACUACUGUAAAAUGUCUAAUUAAAUAAAGACAAUGGGGGUUGUUUUUA